CAAAUGCACAGCCACGCACAGCCACAAUGUGCGUCAUCACAUCAAGCGGUACCUCUCGCUCAGGCGACACCCUCACGCCAGCACGACGACUACGACCUUGUACCUACAGCUGCCCCGACCCAACCCAGAACUCUACAUCGCGAAUCACUGUCAUCAUGUGCGGCUCCGACUGCUUUCUGAUGCUUCUGAGCGUCCUGUUCCCACCUGUGGGGGUAUGGGUAAAGAAAGGCCUCUGCAGUGCCGACUCUCUUAUCAACCUCGCGCUCUGUUGUCUCGGUUUCCUGCCAGGCCUCCUACACGCCUGGUACGUGAUCCUCCAAAACCCAGAUCCGUACGACGCAUACCAGCAAGUGCCCGACCGCGAACGCGGCACAACCAGCAACGGCGGAACCACAUACUAUGUUAUCACCCACGAGCAGCCGGCUGGACGACAAGCGAACUACGGUACCGUGGGCAGCCAGCCAAGCAACGGACAGUUCCCUGGACAGCAGAGUGGCGUAACAAACAGCUUUGCGCAACCAAAGGGAAACAAGGCUGCGAAGGGCUCCUCUGCUCCGAAUGCUUCUGCACCGCAAGGCGGCGAGGGUAGUUCGAGUCAGCCUGAAGGGCCACCACCGACCUAUGCGGAUGUGAUCAAGGGCGACAACAAGGUCCAGGGCCCAUAAAUCGAUAGUCUUGGAUGCGCAUGGCUUGAGAGGAGGGACAUGCAACGCAGUGUAAUACCUGCUAGAAGGCGCACAGGAGUGCUUGGGAUGGCAGCAUGGCGUUCAUGGCACUGGAUGCGGAUGUUUCAUGUGGGAAAGGAGUAUUCGAUGCAAACAUUACAAUAAAUU